CUCCAAAGUUCGAUGGGAUUGGCCUUGGGAGGAAGAUUCGUACAAGUCUUUGCGAGAGCACCAAGCAUCUCCCCCUCUCAUAUUCUUUUGUGCUCCCCACCAUAAGUCACAAUUUCCCUAAAAUCCAAACCAUGAACUCCUCAACUUUCCACUCCGUCCUCCUCAAAUAUUAAUCCUGCAUUCCCCUCACUUGUAAUUUUCUCUCUUCCAAGGGCAAGACCACGACUCUUGCUCAUUCCCAGGUAAAAAUCCUUCCUCCUCUUCAUCCUCCCUCUCAAUAUGCUGACCAGUUAUCACAGCUUCGCUUCGAAGCAAUUUGAUUUCCUGAGCUUCCCGUGUAACUCUUCUUUGCAAUGCAUUGUUCUUGUUAUGUUAUUUACUUUAUGUAAAAUUUUUUCUUGCAAAGUUGCAGUCGUUCCUCUUCUUUUUUUAGUAAAUGUUGGUAGUCUUGCGUGGGAACCUGUUCGAGUCAGAGGCUUGAUUCUCAUCUGAUUUUGUUACUUUUUUGGGGUUUUCCCAUUUGUUUGUUGUUCUUGAAAGUUGGGACAUGCAAGCAAAAUUACUUCUGGGUUUGCUUCUUUUGUUAGGGUAAGCUUAAUGUAGUUAUGGGUUCGGUAGCUUAUCGCUCAAAUACGUGGCGAGUUCUCACCAAUUGCUAAUGGCCUCUAGGUUCUCAUGGAUGGCCAAUGGUGAAAAGAAGUUAUCUGGCUUUAUAAGCUGAAUUCUGUCUUAUUUUUUGCACUGUGAUAUAAUGUGUUUUUUGAAUUUUGAUAGUUGAACAUUCUUUGGAUACCUGCCUCUCCCAGAAAGUUGACCGUAUGUUUUGUUUCUUUCCAGCAAGAUAUUGUUCCCUUUCUCCCAAUUUAUUGCCAGCAGAAUUUGCUGGCAAUAAAAAGAGAUUGUCUAAUGAGUCCCAAUGACACUUCAAAUUCUAGAAAAGCCUUGCAAUGUGUACAUGGGAUUCAUGUUGUACCACAAUCACCUUUCCAUUUGGAGGUGAUUACUCGACAAGAGGGGUUCCCUCAAUCGCACUGUGAAAGUUCAUCUAAUAGAGCAGAUCAGCCAUCAUUAUUCUGGAAAUUAUGGGAGCAAAGGCCAGGAUGUUUGCGGCCUAUCAAGUGUUGCGUUCACGGUGAUAACUUCUCAGAAACGGUUGCUAAUGUGUUGACAUCACUUCCAUUUGUUGCUCUUGGUAUGCAGGCUCCAAGAAAGGAUCUAAAUACCAAACUGUAUGCUAACUCGUUAAUCGGGGUUGGAAUCACAUCAAGCUUGUAUCACUCAUCAAGGGGAGAAGUUAGGAAGUACUUGAGGUGGCUUGACUAUGCAAUGAUAGCAGCUACCACUGUGUGUCUAUCAAGAGCCUUGAGAAAUGAGAACCCGAAGCUGUUGAUGGCAGCAUCUGCAGUAUUACUGCCUAUCCAGCCGCUGAUGGUAUCUGCAGUCCACACAGGAAUGAUGGAGGUGGCAUUUGCUAAAAGAGCAUUAGAAGAUCCAGAGUUAAGGAACAUACACACCAUGCAUAAGAUGUCUUCCUUGUUGGGAGGUGCUCUCUUCAUUGCCGACGAUCUGUUCCCCCAGGCACCAUUUCUUCAUGCUGGUUGGCAUCUUGCUGCAGCUGUUGGGGUCGGCACCUGCCACAAACUCCUUUAGUAGGCCGUGCAGUAAUUGUAAGAGUUGUAGCAGCAGCAUAUAUUACACUAUAGUCUUUGUAUAUUAGACAUGAAAUGAAGUUAGGGUCAGGUGAGGUGAGUAUGAUUUUUCAAUCCGUCGACAUGGCAACAGCAGCACCUUGCUUAAAGCUCUAUUUUUUCCUGGAUUCGUCGACAUGGCAACAGAGUCCCGUAGCUUCUCGCAACACUCAAUUUUGUAGUUUACUAGUUUAGAUGCAACUGAAAUAAAUGUGCGGUUCAAAU